GAUACUGUGAGGGGAAGGAAUGGUCAUGUAAAGAUUAUGUAUUUUCAGCAGUCAAUGGAACCAGUCACAACGUUACUCUCUCUCCUGUUGGUUAUGGCUGUUGAUUCAACAAGAAGUGUCACACUAUGCAGAAACCAGCAGUGUGGGAAUUUUCUGCAGCAGACCUUGAAGCUAACCAGACUCAUACAUAAGGAAUCUGUCGAUCUAAUCAAAAUAUAUAAGACCACUCAAGGAGACAUGUCAGAGCUUUUCUGCAAAAUAUCAAUUAAUAAUGUCCCUGACCCCAACAUCUCCGGUCUAGACCCAUCAGAGAGGAUAGUAAGCAUUUACUCACAUAUUCAAGCUUUCCUCCCACAUUUUAAAAGGGUAUAUGAGCAGCAGACAGACCUGCAGUUACCCACAAACACACUGAUGACUGAGCUAACCCGUGUCAGCAAUCGCAGUAGCAGCCUGGCUGCUAUGGUAAACUGCAUUUACCAGAGCCUCUUCCCAAACAUGCCAGUACCGGAACCAGCAGGGGGGCCGACAUCACUACCUCCAUCUCAGAAUAUCUUCCAACAGAAGGUCUAUGGCUGUGUGGUCCUGAAGAGGUACAAGGAAUUCCUGUCAAAUGCUGCCCGAGAACUGAGGACUGUAAAAACCCAAGUGUGCAAAAAGAGGACACAAAUGAAUGUACUCAGUUGAGGAUGACCAAAGGCUGGCCCCAUAGAUUUUCAUCAACAGUUAUGCUAAAUGGAUUGCUGUGUAAAGACUUGAAAGGAUAUGCAAGUUUCAAGGUGGCUGGUACAUCAAUGAUUGUCUGUAGUGGAGUAUCUAUUUAUCUUAUUUAAUAUUUAUUUUCUUAUGUGUUGCCUUGAAUAGUGCAAGAGUGUGCAGGUAUCUCUGCCCAAGUUAUAUUUGCCCAGUAUGUGUAAUAUGUUAUGCUAAGGUCUAAUACACUGUUG